GCAUAUAGCCUAUCUAUUUGCCCUUACGCUACACAAUGGCGGCCUCCACAGCGCUCAAAAUUUCUACAAGAAAUUCUGCUUUAUUUUUGUGUGACAUGCAAGAAAAGUUUCGGAAAACAAUAUCAUAUUACCCACAAAUUAUUUCAGUCUCGGGUAGGAUGCUUGAAGCGGCGAAAAUACUGAAACUGCCGGUUGUCGUCACUGAGCAAUAUCCCAAAGGUCUGGGACCAACAGUUUCUGAGCUGGAUGUGAGCAAGUAUCCAGUGUUUCCAAAGAUGAAGUUUAGCAUGAUGAUUCCAGAAGUGGAGACGCAUAUGAAGCAAUAUCCUGAUGUGAAGAACAUCCUACUAUGUGGCAUAGAGGGUCAUGUCUGUGUACAGUCCACGGUUAUGGAUCUUCGAGAACAUGGGUACGAAGUGAAUGUGAUUGUGGAUGCAGUGUCUUCCAGAAACAUGGUUGACAGAAUGUACGCCUUUCAAAGAAUGAAGGAGGCUGGUGCCCACCUUACGACAAGUGAGAGUGUCAUUCUAGGUCUGAUGCAGGGAUCCGAUCACCCAGAUUUCAAGGCUGUGCAGAAGAUCAUAUGGGAUAUUGCCCCGGACAGUGGGCUGAUGGGAAAGUCUGUGAAUGUUGAAACACCCGUGUAAUGUUGGUGAAACUCGAAUGCAAUUUUGGAGAAACAUUGAUGUGAUGAUGGCAAAACAUAUGCAUAAUGUUUUCAAAAUACCUGUGUAAGGUUGGUUAAAAAUUGUUGUUAUCUUGGAAAGCACUGUAGUGCCUUAAGUUACAGGUAAUGUUAGCCAAUAACUGUUAGUUAUGCAUUGAGCCCUAAUAAUAAGUUGGUGGCAUAUGUUUAAAUGAUGCUUAAUUUUAUGGCAGCCUCAAUAGAAUUAAAUUCUUGAUCAAUUUGAAUUGUAUAGAGGCCGCCAUUUCUCUAAGUUUUGAACACAAUCUUCCAAAAUUUCAUAUGAUGAAAAGAAACUUUUAGAGGCAGUAUAGAGUACACAUAUGUUAAUAAUUAUUUUUCAGUAUUACAGAGUUAUUACCCUUUAUUAAUUCAAGGCAUUAAUUAAUGUGUUGGUUGUCAAAUACUUUGAAGAUCAAGAUUAAACUUUUGGAUCAGUACUAUACUUUGGGGACAUUCAGCACAUACAGUAACAGCACUUGUUAUGCUUUUCUGAACUAAGAAUUUAUGACCAAAACAAGAAUUCAGAUCAGUAUUUAAAAAAACACAGUAUCUUGUUCAAGUUUCAACUUUGUUAGCUGUGUAUAAUUUGCAUGUAUUGUAUAUUGUUGUUUUCUAACAUAGUAAUUGUUUGCUGUGUAAACUAUAGUUGUUAUUAUUCUAGUGCUGUUUUGCCAAAUAAUAUUUGAAUAUAUAUUUUGCAUUUUAUGUACUGGCCAUUUAGAUUGAAGACUUUUAAGUCAGUGGUUUAACAUGUAGUCUAUACACUGUUAUUUUUUUAAAUACAGUCCAACCUGCCAAUAACGACCACUCGAGGGAUUUGGUCGUUGUGGUCUUUGUUCACAGGUGGUCUUUAUUCGCAGGGUCGAUUGAAACUUUGCAAAAUAUGCUAGUAGGCUUUUAACAGGUACCGUAUGAUGUAUGUGCUCUAUUGUUUAAAUGUGUGAAUUCUAAAGCAUGUGUAAUGUAAAAAAGGAUUGAAAUCACAA